AUGAAAGCAGGUGACACUUCAGAAAAUGCCUGCUUCAUAGAGAAUGACCUGCACCUCUCGGGGUCAAGACCAGCGAAACAAAUGGCGGCAUCUAAAGCAGUUACUUCCAGAGUGCGGGCAGCGAGGACGUCCAAAAGAGCUGACAAAUCAUCUCCAGCGUCCUCUCAGAACUUUACAGAAAGACUGCCAUCGGAGAUCCGGAUUAAGAUUCUGUCAUACCUGGAUGCCUCUGCUCUAUUCAGCAUCAGCCAUGUCAAUAAGCUCUUCUAUCAGCUUGCCAAUGAUAACACUCUGUGGAACAAGAUAUUCUUGGCAGAGUUUGGCAAGAAUAAAAAGCUGAAGCCUAAGUGUGUGGACGAGCUGCAGCUGAAGAUGGCCACAGUGGAGGUGCAGGAUCGGGCCGCUGGUUACUGGAAGUGGCUGUACUUCAGGACAGUUGGCGCAUGUGACAUGAAAAAGUGGAAAAGACAUCUUGGACUCAUCAGCUGUCACACUGGGCUGCCCAGCCAAACGGAGCGGAUACUCAGAAACCUGCACGUCACCUGGGAGCUGACAGCCACUGAUAAGUCGGGGCAUGAGGGCACACAUGAGCUGAGCUGGUCCCGGUUCUGCGAGACUUCUGUGACUCUGUGCUGGUGCGGAGGAGGCUGCUUGCCCAACUACCAGCAGAUUUCCACCCUUCAACUCCACGGUGUCAAGAGGAUAGCCCUCAACUGCCCAGGCCUAAAGAAACCUGGCUGGAGGUCCCUCAUGGCAGAGACAGACAUGCAGGCUCUGACUAAAAGCGCGCAGGUCAUUGGCAACGACAGACUGGUUGAACUGAAGCUGCUACAGCCUGGCAUCAUCAUCGGCCUCUGGAGGGACCAGUGCUCCGUUGCCUUUGUCAUGUUCACUCUCCAUUUCCACAGGCUGGUGGAAAGAAGCAUCCAGGGAUCUUGUGUUUGCCCUUACAUGGAGCCAACGGUCAAACCCCCUUUUGAUGACAUAGACCCCGAAUAUGGUCUCCAUGGUUACCAACUACACCUUGUUCUCCAUGACACUGUAUGCGAGAUCAUGUCCGGAUGCUUCUCCCAGCUCUUCUGCCGGCGAACUCAGGUUUGUGAUGGCCUGAUCCGGCUGACUGCCAUUAGCAGGAGCGACUUGUCGCAGCACACACCUCUGUCAGGCAACAUCACCCUGCCCUGGAGGUGUGAGGCCCUGGAGGGCACAGUGCAGAAUUGCUGCGUCAUGAGUCUGACUUUACUGGACGAAUUCAAGAAACCCUUCUGGUGUGUCAGCUCUCCCGUUUCCAUGACGCUGGAGAAGACGCCCGUCUCCUAUGACUAUGACGGCGAGCACUUCUUUAUGCACUAUCAGGACUCUGAUGGUCAGGUGAACAUGGAACUCGUACGGGUGAAGGAACAAAAGCAGUUUUACCUCAUAAGCUUAGUAGUCUGUCUGACUGUCUGCAAAGUCAACAGGCAUUUCAGUAGAGAUUACUGA